AUUACGGUCAAAAACAAAAGCGACGAAAAUUUUUCUGCCAUUACAUCCUCGGUCUCAAUUAAAGAUUGACCAUGUUGCGCUUAACUUUGAUAGUACUGUGCGGAUGUAUAUCUUUGGCUCUGAGUUUCAAACUGAACAGCAACGGUUUGAAUCUAAUGAGUGAUGGACGUAUCGUAGGAGGAUAUGCUGGAAAUAUUGAAAAUUUCCCGUAUCAAAUAUCAAUGAACCAUUACGGUAGCCAUCGAUGUGGUGGUUCUAUAAUCCAUAAACGAUACGUGCUGACAGCAGCUCACUGCACCGUUGGGGUCAUAUUGAAUGCAUUGUCCAUCCGGGCUGGAUCUUCGUUACGCACUUCGGGUGGAAUUAAUGUUGCCGUAGCAAAAAUCGUUCAACAUCCGAGAUUCAAUUCCAACACAUUGGACUUUGAUAUUUCCAUCAUGUAUUUGUCGUGGAACUUAGUAUUCACCAGCAGUAUGCACGCGAUAAAUUUACCAAAGCAAGGUGAAGUGUUACCAGUCGGUACGAAUACUUUGAUAUCGGGUUGGGGUGCUAUGUCCGAAACGGCUGGAUCGACUCGACAAUUACAGUACGUGCAAGUGCCAAUUAUCGAUGAUAAUUCGUGUCAGUCGGCUUAUAGGGGCUACAAUGUAAUAACCGGGAAUAUGAUCUGCGCUGGAUUGAAUCGUAUUGGUGGUAAAGACGCAUGUCAAGGAGAUUCAGGUGGACCAAUGGCUGCUCACGGAAAACUGUUUGGAAUUAUAUCGUGGGGCUUUGGAUGUGCCAGACCAAACUAUCCGGGAGUGUACACAAAGGUGUCAGUAUUUAGAGAUUGGAUUGAUAGUAUUAUCCAUUGAAAAAGUGCUUUCAUACGAACAAGGAAAUAUAAUUUACGACCGUGAGUA